CCAACCUGACCGGGCAGGAUUUGUCCCCUGCAAGAGUGUCCAGCAUGGAAACCCCUCCCAACGCCACGCCACAACCCUUCAGACAGGCAAGCUUCCUUAACCGACGCCUGAAGGGCUCCAUCAAGAGAGCCAAGAGCCAGCCCAAACUAGAUCGGACCAGCAGCUUCCGACAGAUGAUUCUACCCCGCUUCCGCAGCGCGGACCAGGAAAGGACCCGCCUGAUGCAGAGCUUCAAGGAGUCCCACUCCCACGAGUCGCUGCUGUCCCCCAGCAGCGCGGCCGAGGCUCUGGACCUGGUCCUGGACGAGGAGGCCGUCAUCAAGCCCGUCCACUCCAGCAUCCUGGGCCAGGAGUACUGCUUCGAGGUCACCACCAACUCUGGGACAAAAUGUUUCGCCUGCCGGUCGGCCUCGGAGAGAGACAAGUGGAUAGAGAAUCUGCAGCGAGCGGUUAGGCCCAACAAGGACAACAGCCGGCGGGUUGAGAACGUGCUGAAGCUGUGGAUCAUCGAGGCGCGCGACCUGCCCACCAAGAAGCGCUACUACUGCGAGCUGUGUCUGGACGACAUGCUGUACGCCCGCACCACCAGCAAGCCCCGCACGGACACCGUGUUCUGGGGCGAGCACUUUGAGUUCAACAACCUGCCCACCAUCCGCAGCCUCCGCUUCCACCUCUACAAGGAGACGGAUAAGAAGAGACGCAAGGAGAAGAGCACCUACCUGGGGCUCGUCAGCAUCCCCAUCUCCAGCAUCACCGGCCGCCACUUUGUGGAGCAGUGGUACCCGGUCAUCCAGUCCAGUGUGCUGGCCAAGAGCGGGGGCGUGGGCAGCGGCAAGGUGAUCAACGCCUCGCUGCGCGUCAAGUCGCGCUACCAGACCAUGAGCAUCCUGCCCAUAGAGCUGUACAAGGAGUUUGCAGAGUACAUCACCAACAACUACCGCACGCUGUGCUCGGUGCUGGAGCCGCUGCUCAGUGUCAAGAGCAAGGAGGAGGUGGCGUUCGCCCUCGUGCACAUCCUGCAGAGCACGGGCAAGACCAAGGAGUUCCUGUCAGACAUGGCGAUGUGUGAGGUGGACCGCUUCAUGGACCGGGAGCACCUGAUCUUCAGGGAGAACACCCUGGCCACCAAGGCUGUGGAGGAGUACCUGAAGCUGAUAGGACACCGAUACCUCAAAGACGCUAUAGGCGAUUUCAUCCGAGCUCUGUACGAGUCUGAGGAGAACUGCGAGGUGGACCCCAUGCGCGUCCCCCCGUCCGUGCUGGCGGACCACCAAGCCAACCUGCGGAUGUGCUGCGAGCUGGCUCUCUGCAAGGUCAUCAACUCCCUCUGCAUAUUCCCGCGGGAGCUGAAGGAGGUGUUUGCGUCGUGGCGGGCGCGCUGCGCCGAGCGCGGCCGUGAGGACCUGGCCGACACGCUCAUCAGCUCCUCGCUGUUCCUGCGCUUCAUGUGCCCCGCCAUCAUGUCGCCGUCGCUGUUCAACCUCACGCAGGAAUACCCCGCCGAGCGCACCUCGCGCACCCUCACCCUCAUCGCCAAGGUCAUCCAGAACCUGGCCAACUUCAGCAAGUUCGGACCCAAGGAGGAGUACCUGUACUUCAUGAACGAGUUCCUGGAGAUGGAGUGGGGUGCCAUGCAGCAGUUCCUCUACGAGAUCUCCAACAUGGAGGCGGGGGGCAACGCCGGGGGCUUCGAGGGCUACAUCGACCUGGGACGGGAGCUGUCCGUGCUGCACAGCCUGCUGUGGGAGGUCAUGGGUCAGCUCAGCAAGGAUGCCAUCCUAAAACUGGGGCCCCUUCCUCGCCUGCUGAACGACAUCAGCGUGGCCCUGAGGAACCCCCAGCUGCACAUGUCGGCCAAUCACCAGCCAGACACCCAGAAGGACCGCCUCUUCUCGAGACCCUCCUUCAGCCGCAUGAUGUCGUCAGACUUCCAGAACCUCAUGAUGCGAGAUCUGAACAGCUCCAUAGACAUCUCCCGGCUGCCCUCCCCCACCACGGGGCUGUCGGCCGUUGAGGCGCUGUCCUCCCACCUCAACAUGCGGCGCAGCGCCGAGAGGGACCUGCGCUCCAACUCCAGGGAGGUGUUCUACGUCACGCGCCCGCCCCUGGCCCGCUCCAGCCCCGCCUACUGCACCAGCAGCUCAGACAUCACCGAGCCCGACCCCAAGGUCCACAGCGUCAACAAGAGCGUGUCCAUGAUGGACCUGCAGGACUCGCGCAUGAACAGCAUCUCCAACCUCAACUCGGUGGGGGAGAUGCUCACCUCCUCCCAGGCCUCCAUCGCCGGCCUGGGCCACAGCUUCGGCAACCUGGGCGGGGGCGGGGGUCCGCUGCGCAUGGGCGGCGGCGGCGGCGGCGGCGGGUCCAGCGGGUCGGGCCUGCGUCACGGCCAGAUGGGCCACAUCGGCGGCCCCACCGAGUCGCUGUCGCAGCAGCAGCAGGCGGCCGCCGCCGCCAUGCACUACCCCCUCUCCUUCCAGAACCCCCUGUUCCACCUGGCCUCGCAGAACUCCCCGGCCCACCCGCACCCCCACGCCCACGCCCACGCCCACCCCCACGGCCAGCCGCAGCACGCCCCGCCCCCGGUGCUGCUCGCCCCCGAGCCGGAGAACGGCCACCUGGACUACGGCGGGCCGGCGGCGGCGGCGGCGGCCUUCGGGAACAGCGCCUUCUCCCGCAGCGAGGACCUGUCGGCGCUGCGCUCGCAGACCAGCCUGGUGCAGCCCAGCAUCGUCCACUCGCACAGCUACAGCGACGACUUCACCCGGCAGAACACGGGCCAGGGCCAGAGCCUGGGCCAGAACGACUUCGCCUGGCGCCAGCUCUCCCUGCAGGUCCAGGAGUCCCUGCAGCAGCAGAUGAUGAUGGGCAUGGCCCCCCAGACCUCCACGGGCACGGGCACCCCCGCCUCCCUGGCCACGCCCCCCACCACCGUGCUGCACCAUGCCCGCCAGGCGUCCAUGGCGGGCUCGGGGCCGUCGCCGGGCCAGCACCUGCGCUCGCAGCGCUCCGUCAACACGGCCACGCCCCCCAGGGCCCGCCCCCAGAGCAGGAACCUCCUCCUGGAGUCGCCCGACACCAGCUUCGCCGGCAUGCCCCGCCAGCCCAUGCCCCGCCCGCUGCAGACUCAGCAACAACAACAGCAGCAACAGCAGCAGCAGCAACAGGAGUCCCAGAAUGCCGUGACGGAGAGCCCAGCUCCGGGCCUGCCAUACCAGACCAGCUCGGUCAGGGAGACCCAGGGGGCGGGGCCUGGGGCGGGGGCGGGGGCGGGGGAGGAGUCAACGGACACGCCCACCAAGAGCAGCAAGAAAGCCGCCCCCUCGCAGCUCCAGCCUCCCCAGCCUCACCUGUUGAAGCCGGUGGCCGGUAAACAGGCGUCCCCGUCGACCUUGGCCACGCCCGGCCUCAACGAGCGGACGGUGGCCUGGGUGUCCAACAUGCCCCACCUCUCGGCCGACAUCGAGAGCCUGCGGCCCGACCGCGAGAACCAGCUGAAGGAGUACUCCAAGAGCAUGGACGAAUCCCGGCUGGAAAGGGCACGGGAGUACGAGGAGGAGAUCUACUCGCUGAAGGAGCGUCUGAAGAUGUCCCACCGUAAGCUGGAGGAGUACGAGCAGCGGCUGGUGAGCCAGGAGCAGACCACGAGCAAGAUCCUGCAGCAGUACCAGAGCCGGCUGGACGACAGCGAGCGGCGCCUCAAGCAGCAGCAGGUGGAGAAGGACAGCCAGCUGAAGGGCAUCAUCAACAGACUCAUGGCGGUGGAAGACGAGCUGAGAGUGGGAGUGGUUCCUGAUAUCAAGUCUCGAAUCCUCACCGACCAGCUUGUCAACCAGAACUAUGGAUCAUGACUCACGGAGGUCUGAGACUCUUCUCUCAGCCUUCUCCUCCUCCUGACUAUAUACUCAAUAUUAUCAUCAUCUAUUCAUCAUUUGUCAAUUUUCCACCACACCUGCUCAGAGUUCAACCUGCUUAACAUAAUCCAUCAAAGAACUGGAGUGGUUGCCGGGAAACAACAACAAAGCAGGAAAUGACAAAGGGGACGACGCCUAACAUAUUGUAGAAACUUUUGCACAAUUAUACAAAGAACUCGACAAUCAGUUAAGUGAGAGCGCCGAGGUGUGCGAACGCGUCCGUCUGCACCGGUCCACCUGACGAUGAGCCAGCGCUUAACGGACCGCCACGGCCUGAUAACCGAUAGCCGAACGAUACGAACGAUCUGUGAAUUAUCGGGGACCAUGUGUCUUAAAGGGACAGUGUUUUUUUUUUUUUUUACUUUUCGGCAGAACUCUUAGUCUUAGGAGGAAGAUAAGGACAUGUUUUCCUCCGCACUCCUGCCCAACUGCUGCGUGGUCGCCGUGACAACAGGUACGCCGCUAAAGAACCGCCUGUGUACUUCUGCCGUCGUCCCACUGAAGAGCUCUGCUAGAAUGUGGAUGAAAAACAAACUGAGAGAAUAUCUUAUUCUUUAUAAAUAUGUUUGAUGAGGGGAAACGAUGCGUUUUACUUUAGCCUUUCGAGUCACUCAACGAUCAUUGUAAUAUGCAGAUGAUUGAUUUGAAACGAUGACAUGUUUACUAAUGAGUACCAUUAUUUCUGUUGAUUACAGUGUUCAGAUUCUAAUGAGGUUUUUUGGACAAACUCUAUUUAGGUACUUAAUUGCUGCUUCAAUUAUGGCCGAACUAAACUCUAUAGUCUACAUGCAUAUACAGAAGUUUCUUGAAACUAGUGGAUGUAUAUGUCACCGCACCGGAUGUAUAUAACACCUGUACUUCUGAACGUACAGGUGUAUGAAAUUGUUUGAUUCAAAUAUUUGUAAAAAGAAAACUACAACAUUGUGUUUCCAACUCUUGGAAACUGAACUCUCUGGCACUAUUAAUUUUUUUUCGGUUUACGCAAUUUAUUAGAUAGAAAGAUCUUCAUUAAACCACUUGACUUGUGAUGCACAGGUGUACUUACAGUUAUACAUUUUAAAUAACAGCAGUGUUUACAGAUAGUUUAUCAAGACAAGAAAAAGACUUGAAUACAUACAACAUACAUACAGCAAACAUAUACAUAAUGAAAUGUAUACAUGUAUUAUAUAUAUAGUUAGCUUGUAAAAUAAUAAUAUUAUUAUAAUGAAAUAAUUAUUUAAAUAAUGGACUUUUAUUUUGGAAGCUGAAGAUCCUCAGGAAGUGUCAGAAUCUGAGGGUGCACCUUUGGUCCUUUGUCUAAGGGGUGACGAGUCGAGCCCUGAUUCAGCAUCUCGUGUGUUUACACUUGAACUGAGAACUAAUAGCUACGGGCCAAACCUAGCAAAGCACUAAAAGCUAUGACUAAAAUCAAUAAAAUCAUAAAGUUACAACCACAAGGCCGAGUUUAUAUCCUGACAUUUUCAAGUAGGCGUCUCCUUGACAUUUGUGUAAUAGAUAUUUUGUAUUUAUCCUUUUUUCUUUUUUUUGUUGUUUUAGCUUUGAUUUAUAUUUGCUUUUGAUGAAUCAUCUUUUUGCCGCAUUGUAUAAAAGCUAAUUAUUAUUAUUAUUAUUAUAAUUAUUAUCAUUAUCAUUAUUAUCAUCAUACAGAACAGUAUUUUAGCCAGUAGUUAGUUACUUUAAUGUUCUCUUCUAAAUAUAGAUGUGCAACACUUCUGCAUGUGCUUCAUAGAUGUACGGAAGAGCAUAAACUGAACUGUAUCGCGCAUCACUCCUCCUUCCAGCAAACGAGAGGGCUGGGCGCAACAGACUGAUUCAGUAUUUGCAUAUUAUAUAAAGAUUUAACAUUGA